GGAUUUAUUUUUUCCAGUCGUGCGUAUAAAAGCACACGUGCCAUUUUUAGAGCUCCAUCGUCGUGUCCUGCGCAGACGUCCGCGCGAUGGCCCUCCUUUGGCUCUCUGCAAUAGCAGUGAGCCUUUUAGCUCACCAUGGACAGUCUCAGUGCAUCGGCGGAAACUGUGGCAAAGGAUCGGGAUUUGAUGGAUCCUUAGGACUGGGUCCUGGAGGCUCAAGCCUUGCGAUCGGCCCUGCAGGAGGUGGCUUCGGAGGAAGCAUCGGUGCUAGCGGUGGAAGCUAUGGUGGCAUCAAUGGCAUGGGCGGUGGCUUUGCAGGAGGACGAAUCCAACCUGGUCAAUUGGAGGGAGUCUUCGAGUCAAGAACGCCUUUCCCUGAAGGCAUAUCUGGGGGCUCAUUGGGAGACUCGGGCACCAGCGGUCUUACCGGGGAAGGAAGCCUAGCGGCGGCCCCGGAAUUUAGAGGGCGCGUGGACGGCUUAGGAGGAGGUCUGUCAGCGGGAGUGAGCCACGGCGCGUUCGGGGGAAUGACAGGAGGUUUGGGUGUCUCCGGAGGUGGGAACUCGGCUCUGCGCGGAGGAAUGUCUGGAGGCGCGGGAGGUACUGGUGGCUUAGCUGGGGGAAUGAAUGCGGGGCAGCUUCCGGGGCUGUCGGGAGGCCGCGCUGAAGAUGACGAAGGAAGUAGCGAAGAAAGCAAAGAAAGACCGCUUACUCUCGGUGAAAGACUGGCUCAAAGGCGAGAGGAGCGUCGGAGGCGGCGACUGCAGCGUCGUUUAGAGCGCCAACAGCGACGACGAGAAAGGUGGGGCUUGGCCGGUGCUGGCGCUGGUGCUGGUGCAGGUGCUGGUGCUGGUGCAGGCGCUGGCGCGGAAGGUGGUGCCGCUGCCGGCGCGGGAGGAAGAGCUGGGUUGGGUGGUCGCGCACGCACUAGAGGUCGCGGCAAACUUCGAGGACGUCUCCGCGGUGGCCUCAGCAUCGGCCUUAACUUGAAUGCGAAAGCAGGCGUAAGUGCAGAAACGGAAACCGAAGCUCAAGUGGAAGCAGAAGCACGUGCGGCCGCUCAAGCCGCUGCCGCAGCGCGUGCCGCGGCCCUAGCCCGCGCUAGAGCCCAAGGAGGUUUAGGGGCUGGCGCAAUUGCUGGAGGCGCUGGCUACUAUUAGGUGCCGCUUUCUAGUCACGUGUAAUCACUACUGGUAAACCGGCUAAGUAUAAACAUCUCAGACCCUGAAUGUGGGCUAGAAAAUUUUACACCUCAACGUUUUUCGGGGGAUAGUUCGGCCUCUCAGUGUCGAUUUGGUUGCAAGUAAAUAAUGGGCGAAGAUAGUAAAAACUUACAUCCCGGUUUGCUUCUAUGAGCAAGCGAAUUAUUAGGAAUUACUUAUUUGCUAACGAAGUCAGGGGCUUUUCCCACAAUUUACAAUAUAAUCCACAAGUGUCCUUACCCAACGAAGUCACGUAAUUUCGCCAAUAAACAAGGUGAUGUAAAAAUGU